CGACUUACGCUCUGGGAUACUGUCAAGAUGGAAAGAAACUUCGGAAGAUCGCACUCCGUGGCAGAAGAGCAAGUGCGGUCUAUGCAGGGUUCCCGAAGAGGUGAAGAUGCACCCUGACGUAGACGUGACAACGCUGCUGCAUCUCGCGACACGUCCCAUUGAUUCCUUCCGAAAGACCAUGUUGCCGUGAGCCAAGCUAUGAAAUCAGCCGCCUUCCUCUGGCAGUCAUUCUUCCCUCGUUCCGCUGACUACCAAACCAAGCUCCGUUGGCAACAAUCGGCUCAUCCAGGAAUUCCGCGUCAACCUUUAAGCCUGAGAUGGUCAACACCAAGAGUAAGAGCAUCAUCAUAACAGGUGGAGCUCGUGGUAUCGGACGUGCCACAGCACGGCACCUCCUUUCACAGCCGUUAUCCCACCGCGUCUUUCUCAUCGAUCUUGACGGCGAAGAACUCCAGUAUGCAGCCACCAAACAUCUGUCCGCCUAUGCUCCACGAGUCGGGUACGCGACAGCAAAUCUUCGAAGCCCGGAAGAGAUACGAGCAGCUGUAGCUAAGGCUGCAGAGUUCUUUGAUGGCAGGAUCGAUGUCCUUGUGAACAAUGCAGGUAUUGCACGUGCCUUCUUCACAGCCGGUAAUGGAACGAUGGAAGACGUGGCCACUGCAGAGCAAUGGCAAGCAUACAUUGACACCAACCUGAGUGCGCCGUUCUGGAUGAGCCAGGCUGUCAUCCCGUUUAUGAAGGCACAGAACCCAAAUAUCGAAGGGAAAGGAGAGGUCAAACAGGAAGGCGUCGACCGCGAGCAAGAUGUGAAGCGACAUGCGGAAUUUAGCGACCUUCCAGAAGACUUGCACGGCAAAGACAAGACCGAUGAAGGCAGUUGCAUCCUCCACAUCUCUUCUUUCCGAGCUCACCAGUCCGACCCUGAUUGUGAAGGCUACGGCUCAACGAAAGCCGGACUGCUGGGUCUGACGCAGGCUAUGGCGGUGUCGUGCCAGCGCUGGGGUAUAAGGGUGAAUAUAAUCUCGCCCGGGUGGGUCAGUGUCGCACACGAGUGCAAGGAAGGCGAUGAGGCGGCGGCAAGAACGCAAGGUGCGCCCCAUGAGGACGAUGCGAAGAAGGCGAGGCUAGAAACUUGGGCCGGUAAUCACAGCGAACUGCAUCAUAGGCAGCAUCUCGUCGGUCGAGUGGGUCAGGGAGAGGACAUUGCGGAGGCAAUUGAGUACGCGAUGGGCGCUGGCUUCAUGAGUGGGCAGGAGAUGGUUUUGGAUGGAGGUGCCAGCAAGAGGAAGAAUCCGGACGUGUAGCGUCUCCACCAACCACGCACUACGCCUUUGAACACAAAGCUUUAUCGUCUCUUAUGACUUCUUAUAGGCUCUUAUCGUUACUGAG